CCUAUCCUUUGCGCCAUCUUGGUUGCUCCGGACUAUAUUGCCCAAGGAGGGACCUAUGAAGCCGCGAGCCGCGAGAGACGGGCAGAGAGGAAAAGGAAAGCCUAACAGCCCCGCGCCUUCCUCCUGAAAACAAAACUCGACGCCGCGCGACACGCUGCGUGCUUCUUCCGCAGCCGGAGGAGGGAAAGAUGGCGGCGUCCAGGAGCGUGGAAGAGAUGCGGAGCCGGGUAGUUCUGGGCGAGUUUGGCGUCCGCAACGUCCACACAACAGACUUUCCUGGGAAUUACUCUGGAUAUGAUGAUGCCUGGGACAAGGAGAAGUUUGAAAAGAAUUUCAGAGUAGAUGUGACACACAUGGAUGAAAGCACUCUGGAAUUUGACAUGGUGGGGAUUGAUGCUGCCAUUGCUAAUGCCUUCCGACGCAUCUUGCUUGCUGAGGUGCCAACCAUGGCCAUAGAGAAGGUCUUUGUGUACAAUAACACCUCCAUUGUGCAGGAUGAAAUUCUAGCUCAUCGUUUGGGACUGAUCCCUAUCUGUGCAGAUCCUCGUCUCUUUGAAUACAAGAGUGAAGAAGACGAAUGUGACGAAAUUAAUACUCUGCAAUUCCAGUUGAAAAUAAAGUGCUCCAGGAAUCCUCAAGCAGCCAAGGAAUCGUCUGACCCUAACGAAUUGUAUAUCAACCAUAAAGUUUACAGCAAGCACAUGGAAUGGGUGCCACUGGGCUCUCAGGCCGACAACAUGAAUGCCAAGUUCCGUCCUGUACAUGACGACAUCCUCAUUGCCCAGCUGCGGCCCGGCCAAGAGAUCGAUGUACUUAUGCACUGUGUCAAAGGCAUUGGUAAAGACCAUGCAAAGUUUUCUCCAGUGGCUACUGCCAGUUACCGGCUAUUGCCAGAAAUCACUCUACUACAGCCUAUCGAAGGAGAAGCAGCUGAGAGGCUGAAGAACUGCUUUUCUGCUGGCGUUAUUGAGGUCCAGGAAAUCAACGGGCAAAAAGUGGCAAGAGUAGCUAACGCUCGAUUGGACACAUUCAGUAGAGAAAUUUUUCGUCACAAUGACCUGAAAAACCUUGUGCGCUUGGCUCGGGUGCGAGAUCACUACAUCUUUUCUGUUGAGUCAACAGGUGUCCUGCCUCCAGAUGUGCUGAUGAGUGAAGCAAUCAAGGUAUUGAUAGGAAAAUGUCAGCAGUUCCUGGAGGAGCUUAAAUUCAUUCAAAAGAAAUAAGUUUUUCUUUCUGAAAAGUUCAGCAUAAGGAUUCACUUGGUUGGGAUCGCUGCAGCUGUGUCAUGAAGGAGGGAGUCAACCAAAUCUGGCUCAAUAGACAAGGAGAAACCGACCCUCUACUGCAGAUAUGAAAGACUGAAGCAAGUGGAUGUGUACCUUUUACUUUUAUGGCACUCAGUUUGAGAUGUGGCUGAAAAGGGAGGGAUAUGUGAUGCCACUAGGCAGCUUAUUGCAAAGACCAAAUUUGCCAGAUAUAUCAUAAGUGGAUAAAAAAUAUCCUGCAAGCAGAAGAUGGGUAGGCUCCAGCAAUUGCAAUAUCUUCUAAGUUGCUUUUUUAAAGACUACAUCAUACCUGUAACAGGACCACCUUUUCUGAGAAUUGUCAUUAACUUUCCACUGAUGUAUAUUAAUGGAUAAUCUUAAAGGUGCUACACAGUAAGGUCUAAUGCCUAUGACCAUUCUUCUGCCACUCAAAUAGCGGAAUUCUAAAAAAUAUGGUGUCAUUGAGCUUCUCUAUUAUUUAUUAAAUAAUUUUUGAGGAGUCAACUGCCUUUGGAGUGAGCUGGUUUUUUUAAUCUUCUAACUGCUUUAUUUUAAUACAUGAACAGAGGUGCAGUUGGGCUGAUUAUUGAUCUAAUAGCUUAUGUGUAGUUUGGCAAUUUCAACUGUUGAGGAGCAUGAUAAACUAGUUAAGGGACUGAUCUUUACCCCAUAUUCAGAAUGAAUAGCCAAGAUAAUUUUAGCAAUGAACUUUACCUUUGAAAGUUAGACUAAAUAGCUUUUGUGAGCUUCCCAGCUGCAAAUGUAAUCUUGCAGCAUUUGACCUAUAAAAGUUUUGCCAUAGUAAAAAAGCUGCUGUAAAAUUCAAACAUGAGAAGAGUGAGAACUGCAAAUUAGUGAGAAUAAACCCAGGACCAAAAAUUUAUGUAUAAAACUGAAAGAGCUUUAUUGACAAUUGUGUAUCACAAUUGAUUACAGACCUCUUUAGAUACAACAUCCCUACCAAAACCCCUUAACAUUAUUAUUUUUUCUAUUAUGGCCACAGAAAAUUAAAAAUAUACUCAUGACACAAUAAAUACAGUUAGGCUAGACUUCAAUGCUAUUUGUCGUGGCAGUUUUGUUUUAAUAAAAGUUACACAGAGACCAAGACUUUAAGAGGGUAAAUGGAAGUUGGAGUAGAGUUGGGGGUACUAGUGAGGAUCUGAAACCAGCUUAAGGCCUGCUUCGUUCACACUUUUCUAUUGUGACCAGAUCUAUGCACUGCAAAGCCACUUAAAAACAUACUUCUCUCCAAUGAACGUUCUUUUGGAUCUCCAGCUAAACUACUGCGGCAGUUGUUAAGCAAACACCAAAUUAGUGCUGAAGGAUAAACUUCAGAUUUAAACUUUAAAGCGGGCUAUUAUGCUAUACAAGCAAACCCAAACCUACUUUAAGGCCUGAUUUGGAGGCAUUUUAAAGCAUCAGGCACUGCAGAGAAUAAUCCAGAACUCUGCUGCUGCACCCCCAAAUGCAUUUCAUCCUAGUUGUUCUUAAGUAUUUCAGACCAGUACGAAGUAUCCCUGGGCUAUUGUCAUCUACAGUACUCGGGCUUCUGACAGCAAAGACCAGAGUUCAAGCUAGGAUACAAUUUUUGAUGAUGUUCUUAGGCCAAACAAGGACCGAUAGUUCACUUCAGGCUUCCUGAGGUAUGGCUGAGCCAAACUGACAGUAAGAGAGACUUCACCAGUUCCUGAACUGUCUCCGGUUUGAUGGGAUAUAUGGCAGAGUGCUGCUUUUCUAGAGAAACAUGAAGUCAGCCGAGACUUGGCGGGUUCAGCAGUGCUGUGUGCAGACUUGGGUUAACUUGGGAGAGCUGGGCCUUUCCAAAGGGAAGCAGACGAGUCCUCUGGUAGUGCCAUAGAGGCAGCCACAGUGCAGGGAUCCUGAAUGAAGACAUAGUGGAGAUCUGGCAGCAUGCUGCCUUCACUGGAAAAGCAUUGUGUGCCCAUGUGAAAGUUAGUUCCUACAGAACUGGUCCACUGAUUGAUAGGGCUGAAUGGCUAGGCUCCAUCCAAGGAAAAUGAGGUUGUGCAAUAAAGCUGCAAAUGGAGAUGGGGAAAUCCAACAGGUUUUGUGUAGUAGGUGGGAUGUGACAACUCAAUCCUCUAGCCUCCCAAGCAGAAAGAGUUGGGGGGGCAGUGAUAGAGCUGAAUCGAAACACAGGGGAAGAGUAGACAAAGAAGGCAAAUGGCUACUGUGAAAGAACACAGAAUAGAAAAGGGGGUAGUGAAAGUGUCCUGAGCUUCUAUUGCUCAAAGAGCGCAAUGAGGGUUCCAUCUUCAUUAUCCAAUGGAUUUGUAUCCAGGGGUGCCUUCACCUUCUUGAAAAGAGAGGGAAGGUUUCUGAUAUGAACUUCCUUCCUAAAUUGCUCUCCCAGGGGCUUCUGUAAGGAACAAGAGAAGUCUCCAUUAGCCAUUGCACAUGCACAAUAACUCCAGUAGAAUUUCCUCUGCUGAAAAAGUAAAAUAUCUCCCAUGCCAAUACAACCCUUUCAUUUUGCCACAACCCUUUAAUUGUGAGAUUGUAACAACUCAACCUUCCUGGGCUACUGGUGGUAGAGCCAUGAUAGGGUCAAAGCCAAUUCAAGUGUCUGUAAGGUACUUUAAGCCUUGCCCACAUCCUUCUACCAGUUCUGUUGAAACAAAGAGUUAGCAUUUUCUUGCUGGCAUGACUUUUCUCCCUGCUAAUGCAUUCCUAACAGUUGCCCUACCACUAAUCACAGGCUAUGAGAGGUAUUUUUUUAAACUUUUGCUCUAAAGAUCAGCAUAGUGUGCUUUCAAACUGUGAUUUUAAUUAUUAUUAUUAAUUAUAUAUCCCACCUUUCCCCCAAGGAGCUUUAAGUGGCAAACAUGGUUCUCUGCCUCCUCAUUUUAUCCUCCCAACAAUCCUGUGAGUACAUUAGGUUGGGAGAGAGUAACAGGCCCAAGGUCACCCCGUGAGUUUCAUGGCUGAGUGGGGAUGUUCCACAUGGGCCUCCCAAGUCCUAGUCCAAUACUCUUUAACAAUUACACCACAGUGGAUCUUGCACUGAAGCUUUAUGCUCCAUGCAGCCAAUACAUGCCUAGGUCCUUGUUUCUUAAGAGAACUAGACCUCAAGAGAAAGGCAUUCAAGUUUUGCUACUGUUGUGACUAACCAGAGGCUGGUGGGACCUAGAGUCAGGACUAAUAGGCUAAAAAAAAGCUGUGUCACUGAUCUAACAGUAGCCUAGGUAGAGAGAGUUGUAAAUUGCUUCGGGAUGUCUCAUGGGAAGCAAUUAAUAAAUGAAGAAAACAACAUGAUUCCAUCCCCCCCCCCGGAGGUAGGAAAGAUAGCUGUUUCUGUGCUGCUUGAUACCACGACCUACCCCUAUGCAGCCUGCGAUCAGGCGUUUAAAAUGGUCCUUCCGGCGCUUGUCUGUUACUUUCUGCAGCGUUACAUUGAGUAUCUUGGAAUCAAACUGUUCCAGGGAGUCUUUCUGAAUUUCUGGAAUCUGUUCCAUCACUGCUUUCAGCUCAGUAUACCGUGGACGCUUCAAGUAGCAAAGAAGAUAGUGAACAAGGAUCGUUACCAGAACAAGCCUGGGGAAAUGAAGAGCCCCCCCUCCCUCAUCCAAAUCAGGUCACAGGGGUUGGUUCAGUGGGCUUGCAUCACCACUAAUCCUCAAAGAUGGCAGCAGACAGAGAAAGAGAAAUUCCUUUUGCAUUUCCUUACCAAAGUCUCAUAUAUCUGGAAAGCCAAGUGAACGAGAGCUGCCAUACACCCGUCGUGUUGCCCAUGUAUUUGUAAACCGGUCAGCACACUUGUGAAAAACCAGGUCACUGCUUCAGGAAUCAUCAAGUUCUUUGUAAGCACCUACAACAGACAGAUGAACAUGUAGCAAGAUGAUAACCCAGAUUCUACCCACCUUCCCAGAAAAGUUGCUUUCUACAACUCACUCAUACUAUGCACACUGCCCAAAAGGAAUCACUAACUCUUAGCCAUAUUCAUCUUCACCACACUCUACCCUGCUAGCCCCUGUAAUGGAAGUACCUCCUUGAGCAGCGGCCAGCACAGAUUUGCGGUAGUUCUUUGGCAGGACAAUGUAUCCUUCCAUGAAAGGGAUGUGAAGGCUGUAAUCAGCAGUGCACUGCAGACAUUCUGGAGAGAGAAAAGACAGACACAUGGCAUCUUGUGAGAUUUGUUCUUGGUUCCUGAGAACAAAGGCUCUUGAGCAGGCAUGGGCAACCUUGGUUCUCCAGAUGUUUUGGAACUACAACUCCCAUGAUCCCUAGCUAACAGGGCCAGUGGUCAGGGAUCAUGGGAGUUGUAGUUCCAAAACAUCUGGUGAGCCAAGGUUGCUUAUGCCUGCUCUUGAGUGUAAGUGUUGUACAAUGUGCUGUGAUGUUGAGGAAGGCCUAAGUAAAAAAGGCUGAAAAUGUCCAAAAUCCCCUUUAAGGAUUUAUGAUCAUAUCAGCCAUGAAAGCUCCCUGAUGCCCCUCCAGUUUGUCCAGGACAAUCAGCCAUCUCGGACUCAGAAUUUGCCCAGGAAACUUGAUAGGCGGAGAGCACAUUCGGCUGACUGAAGCUCAUAACUGUUACUGAAUUUCUAAGGCCAAGGAUUUCUCCAAUAAAAGUUCAGGGCUCUCUUUUAGGCUUAGAAGGGUCUACUAAAGGAAAGUCUCUUUCAAAAUGUGCACACAACAUGGGGAAGUAAUGGAAGCUCAGCUUCCUUACCUCUUGCUUCAUCAAACACUUGCCCAAUUCAGUGAGCUCAGAAUUAGAUGGUGGAGUCACCUCUGUAGACAUCAUUUCCUCAUCUACGGAGAAAAAAAGGCAACGUCAACGCAAUCUUCAUGGCACCUCAGCUUCAUGGCUGAGGUGGGAAACAAAGCCCAUAGAUUUGUUAGCUUAAUAAUUAAUCAGAUCCAGAACAAAGGACCUCAAAUGUGGAACAGAAAGGACAAUCUGUUUACUCACCAUCUCCAUCUGCAGCAACAGCACUGUUCUGCUCAGCACCCUUCUUUGCGACACAGCAAACAACUGCAAAUACACCAGAAGGGUAAAGAUGUGAGAUAUUCACAGGGGGGGGGGGGACUUUACAAGACAUUACUCAUCCCCCUGAGGACUACCCAACUUAAUUCUUCAUUUGCAAUGCCUUUAUAUGUAUAUAAUGUAUAUCAAUGCACUGGAGGUUGUGACCCUCCUUACUCUGUUAGCCAAUCCCCAUCCCAUUCCUCCACAUUAACCUCCUAGGGAUUCCCUUUCUCACCCGAAGCAACAACUAAGUUCACUUUUCACCUUCCCAACCCCAUUUCUAAAACCACCUCUCUUCUAUCCUCCAGUCUCACUUUCUACUCAUUUUCACCUUCGCCCUGUGUUCGUGUGUCCUCCCCCAUCCUUUGUGCAAUUUCCCUUUCACAUAUGCCACUUCUGUGGGAACCUCUUGCGUCUUUCUCCUCUCACAUCUUCAACACCAUACCCCACCCUGACUUCAUAUAAAUCCAGGAUGGGAUUUCCAAUGGGAGCUAUGCAUGAUGACAGCCUUGCAUUUUUAUGUCUAUAGGAAGAUAUUACUAUAUAUAUAGAUAAUGUAUAAUAAUGCAUAUUAUAUUAGGAGGAAAGGAGUGAAACCCACUUUUACAGAGCAAAAUUAUUUCAAAUGGAACAGUAUUUCCUCCAAGCCUCCCAUCAGGAUGAGAGGUUUGGUAUGGUUGGAAACCUACAUAUGAAGCACUCUGGAGGUCACUAGAGAAAGGCUAUUGUUUGCUUAUGUGUCUUGGACACCUAAACCAAAUGGCAAAGGAAGCUAUAAGACCCAAUUCCAAAACUGAUGGCAAUAAUUUUGGUCAGUGGCUUCCAAACUCCUUAUUCUCAGGGAACAAUUUCUACUGCCAUUUAUCUGCUAAGGAAGUCCUGUUCCUCUACUGCAAAAUCUCCACAUAUUGCAAAGGAUUCUGGGUCACAUUUUAGGUCAGGCAUCCCCAAACUGCGGCCCUCCAGAUGUUUUGGCCUACAACUCCCAUGAUCCCUAGCUAACAGGACCAGUGGUGAGGGAUGAUGGGAAUUGUAGUCCAAUACAUCUUGAGGGCUAAAGUUUGGGGAUGCCUGUUUUAGGUCAUGCUAUCAGAUCCCACAAGGUGCUCGCAGAAUUGUUUUGGCUUUGCUGCCACCCUGUGUGAAAAUAUAGUGUGCUGUACAACAUGCCCAACUCUGUUGCCAUAGAUUUUGGGCAGCUUGUCUCUCGUUACCAUUUUUCCCAAUUAAGGGCUUAAUAAACUUCCGAGGAAUACAGACAGAAAACCAGUAUUUUAGGCCUAAAUUGGGUGUGCGGGGUAAGACUGAAAAAUGACAGCUUUGAUAAUGGAAGCAUUUUUGGAGCCUGAAAAAACAAGAUUAAGAAUGGUCACAACAAGCCACUGUGGUCCCACAAAUCCCAGAAUAAAUUUACUACUGGAAUUUAUUCUGCUCAGAGAGACAUACUGCAGAUGGCCCAGGCUUUUCAUGCAACCUACCAGUUUCACUCACCAAUUAGAUCCACAACUUCUCGGGUAAGCACCCUAACUAGCUGCUCCUCUAACAUCUCUUGGGAUUCUGGGUUGUCAUCUGCUGUAUCUUCGUCGCUGCUGAAGGAAAAGACGAUCAAUUUUAAAAACGCAAGAUAGACCUGAGGACUACAACUGAAGCCAAGCAUGAUAGCAUCACCAAGAUGAAGGUAAUGUUGAUGUGUCCUGGGCAGUGAGGUUCAGUCUGUCCUAGGCUGGGUAAACACUCUCCUAAAGGAUCAGGUUCCUAACCUGGGGUGCAAUUAGAUCUGGCCUUUACUUUUGAUGCCCAAAUGGUUAUCUGUGACUGAAAACUCAGCUUAGGUAGAUGUCCCUUUACCCUGGACAGAAGCAAUCUGGUAUUUGUUACUGUUGCCCUCAGAACACUCAGGUUAUGCUAUUUUAAUGUAUUAUAUGUGGGGCUACCUUUGAUGAGUACUUGGCUAUUUAAAAUUGUACAAAAUACAGUCGCAAUGAACAUCUCUCACUGUUUCCGGCCUAUUUAUGAACAUAAUUCAAGCUGCUGGCCUUAACCACAACUGCUUGGGACCCAGGUAAUCUAAAAGACUGUUUGCUCCCAUGAAGCUGCCUGAUGCUAGACGCUGUUUGUAGAGCCCUUCUCUAGGCACUU